AUGCAUGUUAUGAGCAGCCCGUCGCUGGCUAAUGAGACAGAGAGCUGCAGCAGUGAGUGCAGCAGCGCCGCCACCACAGCCAGCACCACCAGCACUACCAGCACCACCUCCGACCUCUCCCCAAUGUCGGGCCACACCCCCUCACCUUCUAAUCUCCCCUCUCUCUUCCCCAACGAACCCCCCCUGCACCCUACCACACUACCCCACCACUACGCCCCACCGUCACCACCACCCCUGCCCCCGAACGCCCCUCCUCCCCCUCCCCCACCACCAACCUCCCUCUCCAGCCACGGUGUGUGGAAGAAGCGGCAGGUGCGGAGCUUUUUCUGGAAGCCCAUCCCAGAGGAGAAGGUGCGGGGCCAGCCCAACAUCUGGACCAUGGCGGUGCGCUGCCAGCAGCAGUACCAGAUUGACGUGCGCUCCGUGGAGGAGCUGUUCGGCCAGCAGGAGGAAGUGCAGGGCCGGGGGUGUGUGCCCGCCAUCAGUGGAUUCUCCUCAGCCCGCAUCACCCGGUCCAGGUCCUUCAAGGAGAACAAGGACAAGAUCAGCAUUCUGGACUCCAAGCGGGGCAUGAACGUGGGCAUUUUCCUCAGGCAGUUCAAGAAGUCCAAUCACUCCAUCGUGGAGGACAUUCGCCAGGGAGACGGCAAGCUGUACGGCGCUGAACUCCUCAAAGACCUGCUCAAACUCCUGCCCGAGUCUGAAGAGGUAAAGAAACUGAGGGCGUUCAAAGGGGACUCCAGCAAACUGACCCUGGCAGACUCCUUCAUGUACCUGUUGAUCCAGGUGCCUCGGUUUGAGUUGCGCAUCGAGGCCAUGGUCCUGCGUGAGGAGUUCUUUCAGUCCUGCGCUGUGAUGAGCCAUGAGAUCGAUGUCAUCCGCGUGGCCACAAAAGAGCUGAUGACUUGUGAGGAACUACACGCCAUCCUCCACCUGGUUCUGCAGGCUGGAAACAUCAUGAACGCUGGUGGCUACGCGGGCAACGCCGUGGGCUUCAAGCUGUCAUCGCUCCUCUCGCUGGCCGACACCAAGGCCAACAAACCUGGCAUGAACCUGCUGCAUUUUGUGGCAUUGGAGGCACAGAAGAAGGACGAGAAGCUGCUGAAGUUCCCUGAGAAACUUCAGGGCAUUCAGAGCGCUUCCAGAAUAUCAGUGGAAAACAUUGAGUUGGAGUUCUCGUCUCUCUACGUCAGGACCAGAUCCCUGGAGGAGAAGGUCCAGAGUGACCCGGAGCUCCUGGAGCAGCUGGACCCCUUCCUGCAGGUGGCAGCACAUUCAGUCAGAAUCUAA